UCAAAGUGAGAAAUGGUUUAUUACACUGAUUUCCAAACUUUUCUGACCAUUAGCGACCCGUCAGUGUCGACAGGUUGUGAACAUUUCAACCAAAGACUCAAUUUCCCAGCUUCAUUUCAAUCAUUUAGACUCAUGAAGCAGUAAAAUAAUUCAGUACUUUACUACACUACAUUACUCUGGGGCAGCCUGGUCAAACAUGCAUAGAAAAUGAAGACUGGCUUAUUGUGUUUUACCUCCUGUAUAACUUUAGAGCUCCAGUUCCUGUAAAAGCCUUUAAUUCUUCAUUUAUCUGCUUUGAUUUCAACUUAGCAAAAGUAGACUAUCCUUAUUUCUGCAGGACAAAUCUUAUCAAAUCUUUUCAUGUCUCAGACUCAAGUUUCCUCACAUUUAGCUGAAGAGGAGAUUCAGUUCAAUUUAAAACCAUUAAAAAUCCAAAUACUUUGUCUGUUGAGGGGAAAUGUGAUGGAAUCAAGACUGCAAACACAAAUACAAACAAAUCAUUCACAAGCAUAAAAAAAAUAAUAGAAGCCAACUUUGAUCAUGUAGGAAAAGAACGGGAACACAAUGGCCAAUCCAUAGCCUGCCCGCGCCAUCAGAGCACACUGAGCUCAGUAAUGUUUAACUCAUGAGCCCUUCAAACCUCCUUGAAAGAACCAGUGGAACUUUGUCAAGGAAUCCCCAACUGGCCCCUGUUUCUUCAUCUGCCCCCCCUGGGAGAUCCCGCAUGGAUGGAUGGAUGGGUGGGUGGAUGGAUGGAUGGAUGGGUGGAUGGAUGGGAAAUAAACCUGAAGAAAAAUAAACCGCCACCAUUUACUUUCUGUCCAUCACAGCUUCCGCAGCUGUCCCCUCGGGGACUCUAUUGCCUUUGCGUCUCGAUAGCUGUCCACUUUCCAAACCGGUCUCUGUGCCCGCAUUGACGUCAAAGGAGCAGGCUGGAUGUAUAAAACCCUGCGUCCUCUCCCGUCUCCGCUCACAGGGACUUUUCAGACUCCGCUCCGACCUGAAACCUCACCACCAAAGUUCAGCUGCAGCAUCUGGAGAGAAGAAAGUGAGUAAGCGCACUUCGGUUAAGUGACAUGAAGCCAGUCCCCCUGCUCCUGCUCCUCUCCUCGGUCCUCCUCUCAUCACACCUCCGCCCCGCCGCCGGCAGACCGCGCGUCCUCCCCGGCUGGCUGGAUGGCAGCGGCGGCCGCCUCCAGACGCAGCGACUGGACGAAGUGCUCCUCAGAGCGGCCGCCGCCGGGGACAGCACCGCCUCGGAUCUACUGGGCGACAGCAUCCUGAGGUUUCUGCAGAGGAGGAACGAGGACCGUCUCCACCUGCUGCCUGCAGAGGAGGAGAGCGAGGACGAGGCGGUGAGGACGGCGGCGGCGCAGCUGCUGAAACGGAGCGAGGAGCCGCCGCUGUCCAUCGACCUGACCUUCCACCUGCUGAGGAAUAUGAUCCAGAUGGCCAAGAUGGAGAGCCAGAGGGAGCAGGCUCAGCUCAACCGCAAAGUGCUCGACGAGGUCGGGAAGUAAAAGCUCUGUUUUGUUAGAAAAAGAAAAGAAAAGAAGAAAAAAAAAGCCUCAUUAAAACAGCCCAGCCGCUGUCUCAGUAUCCAAGACCUCUGACAUGAGUUUUUGUUUGUGCGCCUGCCUUCCGCUCCACAUCAUUUCACGCGCAGAUGGUGCCAAAUUACGCACUACAGCAUACCCGAGUCAGUGUAAACCCUUACGUUUUAUUUAAAGACUUUGUUGGAAAAUAUGGAAACGGACUUCUCAACCACCCCCUCAUCCGCCACUAUCCACCGGCCUCACCCCUUUCCCUCACCCCUCAAACACACCAUCCCCUCAGCACUGGACUGUUGGUGGAAACUGUCGGCCUUCACUGGAUUUGUCUCAUUCUCACCUUUAGGUUUAUUGGACAUUUUGAGUUGGUAAUCAACAGUUUUUAUUUUUUUAAAUCAUUUGUACAAACAAUCAACAAUCAAUUACACAAUAAGUUACCUCACUGGUCCACGUGACAAGUCAUUUGCAUAUUUGAAUCCAGUGCUCAUGCUCAUUAUGGUUUGAGUUUACUUUCUUAUUCUGACUCAGAGCCUGUCUCUCCUCAGUGGACUGGCUGACUCUGGUGUUAAUGUUGUUGAUUUAGCAGAUUUUAAUUAUAAUUAAUUCAUGAUAUUUUAUCCUUUCCUGGCCUCAGCAACCAAAUAACUCAGAAUAAUGACAGGUGCGUUGUGGACUGGUGCUCUCAUUAGAGCCAGUUUCACACAAUAUCUUAAGAUGAUCAGUUUUGUUCAGACACAUUUUUACUGAUGUGAUGAUGAAUUAAGACGAAACUGACCAAAAUAAAAGAUCCAUUCUUUAUUAAACUGACAUUAUGCUGAUGCUAUAAAUUUACAUCAAUGGAUCCCACAGUAAUUCCCUAUAGAUUCAGAAUAAAAGAUGAUCAGUUCUGAUCAUCAAACUAUAAGAGUUUGUUACAGCACAGAUGUUGUGAGCACAGAGCUGCAGGAUUCUUGAUGAUUCAACCCUAAAGUCAAGUUUCUGCUACUGAGGAGAACUAGAAAAAACAAAGGCACUUGUUCAGUUUAAGUGGUGACUCCAGCCACUGUUGGACCAAGACGUCAAGACACUGAAAUCUUCAAAAACCCAUUUGUGCCUUUGUUUUAAAUCCACCUGUAAGACAGACUAGAUUCACUUCAGACCAGAGCCGAGGCUGAAGGAAAACACUUCAUGUUCACUCUCUCACCUUUCCUGUCGUCCUCUGUCCUUUUUUUUUUUUUUGAGCGGGAGCACUAUCACCUGUACUGUAUCAACUGUAGCAUGCUAACCUUCAACAAAAAGAACAACAAAAAAAAGCUUUAUUUUACUGUAAACUUUAAUGUCUGACUCUGAUCACCUUGUCUUUCUUUUAGCAAAUGAAAAAGCUGCUUUUUUUGCCAUUUAUAUUUUUUAAUAAAAAAAGGUUUAAAGUAACAAAAACCCACUGCUUUUGAUUGUGUUAUAAAUGUGUGUUAAUCCAUUAUAAAAUACAACUAAUUGUCACCGCUGUUUGGUUUAAGUGUCAUCCAGAGUUCUUCUUGUUAUAAGAUCCUAAACACUGAAAACGAAGGAGCAGUUUCUGUCCAUUUUCUUUCAAACCUACUGAAGACUUUAUUGAAAUUUAGUUUGUAUUGACCUUAUGUUGGAAUGCGGAAAUAAACAGUUGAUCGAACAUCCGGUUUUCAUGCCGCACUUCCCCUUGAUCGCUAACUAACGUUAGCUUAACUGUUAUGUCUAACAAUGUUGUGGGAGUGCUUCC